UCCAUUCUCCCUUUCUUUGUGUUCGUUUCUCUUUUCUUAUUCUGUUUCUUUAGGUUUAUGGUUUUAGAGUGAUCUGCUUUAGUUGGCCUGUGUGCAAGGCUUUAGAGAUCUGUUAUAGACUUCUAGUUGUUUCCCUUGAUCAUGCUGUCUUAUUGUUGCUUGUCAUAUAGUAACCUGCUUAGGCUGGAUCUAGAGAAAAUUAUGCAGAUCAUGUCACUAUCAAUACUAAAUUAGUGUUCGAGAUUUGAUUAGCAUGCAAUAGUUCUUUUGAUCUCUGGUGUAAAAGUUUGCAUCUUGAAGAAAAACGAAUGCUUUUUCUUGGUGUCUGUUGUUUUCACAAAAGCAAGCUCUUCUUUUUUUAAAUGGUCAAGUUUUUUUUCCCCAACUUAAACCGUGGAGAAGUUCAGUUCUAAUUUUUCUUUUUUUUCUUGUCAAAACUUCUUGUCCAUUUUCAGGGUCAAAAUAUUUAACUUUUCCAAGAGGAAUUUUCUGGCUACCUUCUUUUGACGAUUCCUUCACAUGUGUUUCUUGGAGAAUUGUUUCUCUGCUCUGCUUUAUUCUUGUUGCAGGAAAGUCUUUCCUUUUUGAUCAAUAGAAAAACAGUUCUUCCUUCUCUAAUCAACCUAGUUAUUAAAUAGGAAAGUGUGUUUGAUGUUCUCUGCUGUUCUCCACAGCCCACAGGUCCUUAAAAAUAACCCAUUAUUGAUAUUGGACCCUCGUCUUUAUAUCUGCUAAUUGUCACAAAGUUCUGGUUCUGUUGGGCGCACUUACUAGAUUGUUAUAUGGGAAGUGACCAAUAGAUCUUUAACAAUUUCUUGCUGCUAUAUUUAAGACAGUAUUCUUAGUUCAACAAUUCACUCAAAUCAAAUAUUAAUUUAAUGUGAUUGGUGAGGUGAUAGGUUUCAUUUUUUUUCCCUUCUAGAAACAGUGAUUUUGUUGGGUUUUGACUACAGGGUAUUUCUAACAUUUUCUGAUCAGAGCUAUGGCUGAACGUGUUAUCACUCGCGUUCACAGCAUCCGUGAACGUUUGGAUGAGACACUUUCUGCUCACCGCAAUGAAAUCGUGGCCUUACUCUCAAGGAUUGAAGGCAAGGGCAAAGGAAUUCUUCAGCACCACCACAUCAUUGCUGAGUUUGAGGCAAUCCCAGAGGAGAACAGAAAGAAACUAUUGGAUAGUGUUUUUGGCGAAGUUCUGAGAUCUACACAGGAAGCAAUUGUUUUGCCUCCCUGGGUUGCUCUUGCUGUGCGCCCAAGGCCUGGUGUCUGGGAGUACAUUAGAGUGAAUGUCCAUGCACUUGUUGUUGAGGAGCUGCGUGUUGCUGAGUAUCUGCACUUCAAGGAAGAACUUGUCGAUGGAAGUGUCAAUGGCAACUUUGUGCUAGAGUUGGACUUUGAACCAUUCAAUGCAUCUUUCCCUCGUCCAACUCUUUCUAAGUAUAUCGGUAAUGGUGUGGAGUUUCUUAACCGUCACCUUUCUGCAAAAUUGUUCCAUGACAAGGAGAGCUUGCAUCCUCUGCUCGAGUUUCUGAAAGUCCACUGCCACAAGGGAAAGAACAUGAUGCUGAAUGACAGAAUUCAUAACUUGGAUUCCUUGCAAUAUGUUCUGAGGAAGGCCGAGGAGUAUCUUACUGCAUUGUCCCCUGAGACUCCAUACUCUCAAUUCGAGCACAAGUUCCAGGAAAUUGGCCUGGAGAGAGGUUGGGGUGAUACUGCUGAGCGUGUGCUAGAGAUGAUCCGACUUCUUUUGGAUCUUCUUGAGGCACCAGACCCCUGCACUCUUGAAACAUUCUUGGGAAGAAUCCCAAUGGUCUUCAACGUUGUGAUUAUGACCCCUCAUGGAUACUUUGCCCAAGACAAUGUUUUGGGGUAUCCUGACACUGGAGGCCAGGUUGUUUAUAUCUUGGAUCAAGUCCGUGCCUUAGAGACAGAAAUGCUUCACCGAAUAAAGCAGCAAGGACUUGAUAUCACCCCCCGCAUUCUCAUAAUUACUCGACUUCUUCCUGAUGCAGUAGGAACCACUUGUGGUCAACGUCUAGAAAAAGUGUUUGGAACAGAGCAUUCAGAUAUUCUCCGAGUUCCUUUUAGAACUGAGAAGGGAAUUGUUCGUAAAUGGAUCUCACGAUUUGAAGUGUGGCCCUAUCUAGAGACUUACACUGAGGAUGUUGCCACUGAAAUCGGUAAGGAGUUGCAGGGCAAGCCUGAUCUGAUCAUUGGAAAUUACAGUGAUGGAAACAUCGUCGCCUCUUUGUUAGCACACAAAUUAGGUGUUACCGAGUGUACCAUUGCCCAUGCUCUAGAGAAAACAAAAUAUCCGGAAUCAGAUAUCUACUGGAAGAAGUUUGAUGAGAAGUACCAUUUCUCAUGCCAGUUUACAGCUGAUCUUAUAGCAAUGAAUCAUACAGAUUUCAUCAUCACCAGCACAUUCCAAGAAAUUGCUGGAAGCAAGGACACCGUUGGUCAAUAUGAGAGCCACACAGCUUUCACCCUUCCCGGCCUCUACCGUGUUGUUCAUGGUAUUGAUGUCUUUGAUCCCAAAUUCAACAUCGUCUCCCCUGGUGCUGAUGAGAGCAUAUACUUCGCCUACACUGAGGAGAAACGUAGGUUGACCUCUUUCCAUCCAGAAAUUGAGGAGCUGCUUUUCAGCCCUGUUGAGAAUGAAGAACACUUGUGCGUGCUAAAAGAUCGCAACAAGCCAAUUAUAUUCACCAUGGCAAGGCUGGACAGAGUUAAGAAUUUAACUGGCCUUGUAGAAUGGUAUGGAAAGAAUGCCAAGCUACGUGAAUUGGCUAACCUUGUAGUAGUUGGUGGUGAUAGAAGAAAGGAGUCUAAAGAUUUGGAAGAGCAAGCAGAGAUGAAGAAAAUGCAUGGUCUUAUUGAGAAAUACAAUUUGAAUGGCCAUUUCAGAUGGAUUUCUUCUCAGAUGAACAGGGUGAGGAAUGGAGAGCUCUACCGUUUCAUUUGUGACACAAAGGGUGUUUUCGUGCAGCCUGCAUUAUACGAGGCUUUUGGUCUGACUGUUGUUGAGGCCAUGACCUGUGGUUUGCCAACCUUUGCUACUUGCAAUGGUGGCCCUGCUGAGAUUAUUGUGCAUGGAAAAUCUGGCUUCAACAUUGAUCCUUACCAUGGUGGUCAGGCAGCUGAACUCCUUGUUGACUUCUUUGAGAAGAGCAAGGCUGACCCAUCUCACUGGAACAAUAUCUCCCAGGGAGCCAUGCAACGUAUACAAGAGAAGUAUACCUGGCAAAUAUAUUCUCAGAGGCUAUUGACCCUCACUGGUGUAUAUGGCUUCUGGAAACAUGUAUCUAAGCUUGACCGUCGUGAGAGCCGGCGCUACCUUGAAAUGUUCUACGCCCUCAAGUACCGCAAAUUGGCUGAAUCAGUUCCUCUAACUGUUGAGGAUUAAGUGGAACCACAUAACUCGAGGGAACCUGGGUGGUUCGAGUGUGAGUUUUGCGAGUUCUUAGGGUUCAAGCGGGAAGUUUCAGAGGUGUGAAGAAUAAUGGUCAUUUCACAAUUGUGAUUGAACAAGAUGGAAUUUCCAUCGCUUCAUUUUGUACUUUUCCCUUUUUUUCCCUUCACCUUUUGCGGCAUUGUUUGAACGUUGGCUAUUGAGCCCCUUCAUCAAUUGCAGUAAAGAUUGCGUCUUUUUGCUUCA